CUACGCGUCCAAUCUCCUAGAUAACACCACCAUCUCUCUGCAACGCAUGACAUCCUAAGAGCCUGGUUGCUCUACCUUACUUUCACCUGCGUAGCUAUGGACGCAUCCGAGGCGCCGUGGGGCUCGACCUAUACACCUAGUUCGCGUCCAGCCUCCCAGAAGUCUGCCCGCUCGUCGCGAUCACAAACAUCGAGUAGAACCACAGAACAGACGCCACUGCUAGCAAGGGAAGACAGAGGUGACAAUGAAGGAGAAGACAGGCCGCAGACGCCAGCGAUAGCAUCGCUGCUACGAUCGCUGGGCGGAAGCAGGCCGUCUCGCAGCGGCAAGGUCCCGGUCUGGAAGAGAAGAUGGCCGAGCAUACUUGCGCUGGUCAUGUUAGUUCUUGUUGUAAUAUUCAUCAUGCUCGGAUUCCUUGCGACCGAAGGCAUUGAAGAGUACGCCAUGCAGGCUGCCGACUUUCGACCAACCAAGCUCUCACUCGAUGGGCUGACCGAUCAUGGCGCCAAGGUGCACGUCGAAGGAGACUUCACAAUGGAUGCGUCGAAAGUGCACAAGAAAAGCGUGCGCAACAUCGGACGCUUUGGGACGUGGAUCGCAAAGGAGGUUGAGAGUGGGCCUACGGAUGUCGAUGUGUACUUGCCUGAGUAUGGUAACAUCUUGAUUGGCAAGGCCAAAGUCCCAGGCAUUAAGGUCAACAUCAGAAACGGCCGCACGACACAUGUUUCUUUCAUCACAUACCUUGAGCCUGGCUCGCCUGACGGCAUCAGGAACGUCGCAAACGACUGGAUCGAGGGGCGACUAGGUCAAAUACGCCUCAAGGGAAGAGCAGAGGUUCUUCUGAAGUCUGGCCUGAUUAACAUUGGCAAGCAAACUGUCGAGCAGGCUAUGGUUUUCCAAGGCAAUGACAUCCCCUCGCUGCCUCACUACAACAUCGCCAAGCUCAACCUCCGAGAAGCCAACCACGGACACACUGGGAUGGCUGCUGAUGCAUCCAUUGUGGUGAGGAACGACUUUCCCGUAGGGCUUACCCUGCCUCUAGUUGCUGUAGACGUCUCGAUCGAUGGAUGUUCAGCAGACAAGCACGUUAUGGUUGGAACCGCCGAAACUGGACCACUCGUAGUCAGGCCAAAAUCGGACGUUCAUGUCAACGUUACAGGGAAUGUGGAGAAACUCUCCGAUUCUAUCACGGGUGUGUGCCCUCACUCGACCAAGUCGCCGCUAGACGCGUUCCUGGCCGACUACAUGAAAGGGGACGACGCGACCCUUUACAUCAACUGCUGCAGAUUUCCUGAUCCAUCGACACCUAGCUGGGCUCGUGAUCUGUUGAAGGACAUCACCGUUCCAGUUCCCUUCGCGGGUCGCGACAUGGGAAACCUUAUCAAGAACUUCUCUCUAGCGGAUGUUCACUUCUCCCUGCCAGAUCCAUGGGCUGAGCCAGGAUCACCUGAGGCUGCACCAAAGAUCUCUGCUGUUGUCAAAGUCGAAAUUGGUCUUCCAAACGAGAUGAACUUUCCUAUCGAUGUCAACCAGGUCAAGGCGGAUGCCGACAUCUACUACCAUCACAAGAAGCUUGGAAAACUGAAUCUCGAGAAGUGGCAACACGCAAGCUCGAAAAGAAUAGAAGGUCAUGGCAAAGAGGGACCAACACUUCUUGUACAGUCCAACAUUAAGAAAGCCCCAAUCGAUAUUCUUGAUGACGACCUGUUCAGCGAAGUCAUCCAGGCCAUGCUUUUCGGCGGCAAGUCGGUUCUGAUGGACAUCAAGGCCGCAGUCAGUGUUGGUGUGGAGACACCCAUGGGCAAGAUCGCAGUGCGGGGCAUUCCUGCAGAAGGUGUUGUACCAGUCAAACCGAUCCGUGGUGGCAAAGAUGAUCAUGACGGUGAUGACAAGAAGAGCCUGAGCUCGCUGAACCUCAAGAUUGGUAACUUGUCUAUCAUCGAUACAAGCCCUACGUCUAUCACACUCCAAGCCCACGUCAACAUUACGAAUCCUACAAACUACUCGGCGACAGUACCAUACUUCAACAUCAAUAUCCUUGUUAAUGGCACGGGAGUUGGACAAGCAAUUGCUAAGAACAUCGAAGUACACCCAGGAAACAAUACAGAUCUCAUAGUCUCCGCAGUGUGGGACCCCUUUACAAAUGGUGGCGAAAAAGGAAAGGAAGUUGGGAGAGAGUUACUCUCACAAUAUAUUUCCGGCUUCAACACCUCCUUGACACUCCAAGCUCAUAACGCAUCGAUCCCCGCGCAACCCUCUCUCGGCAAUAUCCUCUCCCACUUCCCCCUCACGAUUCCCGCCCCACAACUUUCUACUCCCCGCGAUCCCGAGGACGACGACGACCCAGAUGACGGUGACGAUGAUGAAUCUUCAGGUCCUCAUUUCAUCCGCGACGCCACCAUGCACCUCAUAUCCUCUACCGCUUUAUUUACCCUGAUGUCGCCCUUCUCCGCAACGACACUAUACAUCACCAAGCUCAACGCGACAGCUUACUACGAGGGCCAUCCCAGUGCCAAAAUUCUAUACGAAUGGCCAUUUGCUGUGCCACCUGGGCUGAGUGAAUCACCUCGAUUACCCGUGGAUUGGAAUUUUGGGAGCGUGGGGUAUGGGGCGAUCCGCCGAGCUUUGGGGGGCAAGUUGAAGUUGACGGCAUUUGCACAUGUUGGGAUUAGGAUAGGGUACUGGAGGGAGAACAUCUGGUUCCAAGGAGGCAAGAUUGGGGCGAAUGUCAGGCUGUAGGAGAUGCGUAUACUUGUACUGGUUUUCAGGUGCGAAGGUGGCAUUAUGGUUGACAGGGAACAGAAUGGGACUAUCAGCUUUUGGGGUUGGUAUGUAUUGCGGCGUUGGUGUAUGUUCAGGUUCUUGCGUUUGCCAAAUAUUGGCCUUUCUAAUGAUCUAUCCACUAAUGAUUUUACGUAUAUUCUUGAGUGUUGCGUUGAGGCAUGGUCGAACGUACCACGCUUCAUAUUGAGAUUGUUGUUGAAAGAGGGGUUCUAAUAAACAGCUGUAUAAUUCUU